AAAAAACAGUGAAUCUCUCCAACACCAAAUUCAGGACCUUCAGGAAAUGCUCCAGCUAGAAAGGAACGAGAAUGAAGAGAUGCAUCUCACAGCUGUUGGAAAAGAGAAAGCACUUCUCCAAGAGCUGGAUGAAAUGAAAGAGAUGACCUCUGUCCAUGAUAUACAGCUUCAGGAAAUGCUCCAGAAAGAAAAAGACCAGAAGGAAGAGAUGCGUCUCAACGCCUGUGAGAUGGAGGGUAAACUUUCCCAGGAGACGGAGGAGACGGAUGCUAUGCAACAAAACAAUGAAUCUCUCCAACACCAAAUUCAGGACCUUCAGGAAAUGCUUCAGAUAGAGAAGGACCAGAAAGAAAAGAUGCAUGUCACAGCCGUUGGAAAAGAGAAGGCACUUCUCCAAGAGCUGGAUGAAAUGAAAGAGAUGACCUCUGUCCAUGAUAUCCAGCUUCAGAAAAUGCUCCAGAUAGAAUGGGACGAGAAGGAAGAGAUGCGUCUCAAAGCCUGUGAGAUGGAGCGUAAACUUUCCCAGGAGACGGAGGCUAUGAGAAAUAACAAUGAAUCUCUCCAACACCAAAUUCAGGACCUUCAGGACAUGCUCCAGCUAGAAAGGAACGAGAAUGAAGAGAUGCAUCUCACAGCUGUUAGAAAAGAGAAAGCACUUCUCCAAGAGCUGGAUGAAAUUAAAGAGAUGACCUCUGUCCAUGAUAUACAGCUUCAGGAAAUGCUCCAGAAAGAAAAGGACCAGAAGGAAGAGAUGCGUCUCAAAGCCUGUGAGACGGAGAGUGCACUUUCCCAGGAGAAGGAGGAGAAGAAGGCUAUGCAACAAUCUCUCCAACACCAAAUUCAGGACCUUCAGGAAAUACUCCAGAUAGAGAAGGACCAGAAUGAAGAGAUGCGUCUCAAAGCCUGUGAGAUGGAGAGUAAACUUUACCAGGAGACGGAGGAGAAGGAGGCUAUAAGAAAAAACAAUGAAUCUCUCCAACAUCAAAUUCAGGACCUUCAGGAAAUGCUUCAGAUAGAGAAGGACCAGAAAGAAAAGAUGCAUGUCACAGCCGUUGGAAAAGAGAAAGCACUUCUUCAAGAGCUGGAUGAAAUGAAAGAGAUGACCUCUGUCCAUGAUAUCCAGCUUCAGAAAAUGCUCCAGAUAGAAUGGGACGAGAAGGAAGAGAUGCGUCUCAAAGCCUGUGAGAUGGAGAGUGCACUUUCCCAGGAGAAGGAGGAGAAGGAGGCUAUGAGAAAAAGCAAUGAAUCUCUGCAACACCAAAUUCAGGACCUUCAGAAAAUACUCCGGAUAGAAAAACACCAGAAGGAAGAGAUGCGUCUCAAAGCCUGUGAGAUGGAGAGUGCACUUUCCCAGGAGAAGGAGGAGAAGGAGGCUAUGAGAAACACCAAUGAAUCUUUGCAACACCAAAUUCAGGACCUUCAGGAAAUACUCCAGAUAGAGAAGGACCAGAAAGAAGAGAUGCAUCUCACAGCUGUUUGGAAAGAGAAAGCACUUCUCCAAGAGCUGGAUGAAAUGAAAGAGAUGUCCUUUUUCUAUCAUAUCCAGCUUCAGGAAAUGCUCCAGAGAGAAAAGGACGAGAAAGAAGAGAUGCGUCUCAACGCCUGUGAGAUGGAGAGUAAACUUUCCCAGGAGACGGAGGCUAUGAGAAAUAACAAUGAAUCUCUCCAACACCAAAUUCAGGACCUUCAGGAAAUGCUCCGGAUAGAUAAACAGCAGAAGGAAGAGAUGCGUCUCAAAGCCUGUGAGAUGGAGAGUGCACUUUCCCAGGAGAAGGAGGAGAAGGAGGCUAUGAGAAAAAGCAAUGAAUCUCUGCAACACCAAAUUCAGGACCUUCAGGAAAUACUCCAGAUAGAAAGGAUCCAGAAAGAAGAGAUGCAUCUCACAGCUGUUUGGGAAGAGAAAGCACUUCUCCAAGAGCUGGAUGAAAUGAAAGAGAUGACCUUUGUCCAUGAUAUCCAGCUUCAGGAAAUGCUCCAGAAAGAAAAGGACGAGAAAGAAGAGAUGUGUCUCAAAGCCUGUGAGAUGGAGAGUGCACUUUCCCAGGAAAAGGAGGAGAAGGAGGCUAUGGGACAAUCCAAUGAAUCUCUCCAACACCAAAUUCAGGACCUUCAGGAAAUACUCCAGAUAGAAAAACAGCAGAAGGAAGAGAUGCGUCUCAAAGCCUGUGAGAUUGAGAGUGCACUUUCCCAAGAGACAGAUGCUAUGCAACAAAACAAUGAAUCUCUCCAACACCAAAUUCAGGACCUUCAGGAAAUGCUCCAGAUAGAAAAACAGCAGAAGGAAGAGAUGUGUCUCAAAGCCUGUGAGAUUGAGAGUAUACUUUCCCAGGAGAAGGAGGAGAGGGAGGCUAUGCAACAAAACAAUGAAUCUCUCCAAAACCAAAUUCAGGUCCUUCAGGAAAUACUCCAGAUAGAAAAGAACGAGAAUGAAGAGAUGCAUCUCACAGCUGUUGGAAAAGAGAACGCACUUCUCCAAGAGCUGGAUGAAAUGAAAGAGAUGUCAUUUUUCCAUCAUAUCCAGCUUCAGGAAAUGCUCCAGAAAGAAAAAGACCAGAAGGAAGAGAUGCGUCUCAAAGCCUGUGAGAUGGAGGGUGCACUUUCCCAGGAGAAGGAGGAGAAGGAGGCUAUAAGAAAAAGCAAUGAAUCUCUGCAACACCAACUUCAGGACCUUCAGGAAAUACUCCAGAUUCAAAAGAACAAGAAUGAAGAGAUGUGUCUCACAGCUGUUGGAAAAGAGAAAGCCCUUCUCCAAGAGCUGGAUGAAUUGAAAGAGAUGACUUUUGUCCAUGAAAUCCAGCUUCAGGAAAUUCUCCGGAUAGAAAAACACCAGAAGGAAGAGAUGCGUCUCAGAGCCUGUGAGAUGGAGAGUAAACUUUCCCAGGAGAAGGAGGCUAUGAGAAAAACCAAUGAAUCUCUCCGACACCAAAUUCAGGACCUUCAGGAUAUACUCCGGAUAGUAAAACACCAGAAAGAAGAGAUGCGUCUCAAAGCCUGUGAGAUGGAGAGUGCACUCUCCCAGGAGAAGGAGGAGAAGGAGGCUAUGGCACAAACCAAUGAAGCCCUCAAACUAAAGCUUCAGGAGCUUAAACAAAUACUGAAAGACGUAAAUGAAGACAUACGUCAAGUCAACGAGGCAGAUGUAAAUGAUGGGCUGAUGGUUUGGGUCAUGGACUCGCUGGGAUGGGGAUCACAUAGGCCCCCCUUAAGGCAGCGCGGUAAGGCGCGGUAA